AUGACAACAUCAGCAGCUUUAGACAAUGAUUCCAAAACUGAAAUUCUUCGAGUUCUAGCCCUCCAUGGAAGUGAAGGAAAUGCAGAAGAAUUUUCGGAACGCUUGAUUCCCUUGCAAAAUGUGUUGGGAGUGGAACAUGACGGGACUAAGAUUCAAAUGGAGAUCACUUCCCUCCAAGCACCAUUUGCAAAAGGAGGGGGAUAUGCCUGGUGGACCAUGCCACCUGGUAUCCGAUCAUACACCGCCAAGGAAUAUGAAGGAUUUGAAGAAUCGGCCACACGAUUGCUGGACCAGUGGAAUCUUGGUGGAGACGAUGGUAAACCAUUUGAUCUGGUGUUGGGGCAUUCACAGGGAGCCAUUCUUCUGGCCAGCAUGAUUGCGCUUGGUCGGACUCCAUAUAGCCCAUCAAUGGGAUACAUUUUGAAUGGAUGUGGCUACUGUCGGCCCUUUGAAGAACAGGUCAAGACUUUGAAGCCUUCAACAAAAGAUGCGCUGACACGAUGCCUCUUUGUGAUAGGAGCCAAUGAUCAGGUCACACCUCCGACCAUUCAAGAGGAAUUGCGAGAUGCCUUUCAGGCUGCGGGUUUGGAGGUUGCGACGCUGAAGCAUUCGAAAGGACAUGGACUGCCAAAGGAGAAGGACACCGAGGCAAUACAACAAAUGGCGGAUUGGAUUCUGAGAAUUGUACACUAG